CCCCGCCCACCGUCAUUCGAGAACAGGCACAGCAAUGGCGGCGUUCACGGUGGCACGGAGCAGCUGCGGGCUCGUCAGCGGAUUGAGGGCAUCUUUCCGGAGUUUGGCGCAAGUUAAACAUGGCGCAGUGGCGCAAACGAGCCUGCCGCUGGACUGCCGCUGGUAUUCUGUCAGUCACCUGUCCGUGCAGGAGAGAAUUGACAAGAAACGGAAGGCGGCGCUGGUCGGGGGAGGUCAGAAGAGAAUUGAUGCACAGCACAAGAGGGGUAAACUGACAGCCCGGGAGCGGGUGGAGCUGCUGCUGGACCCCAACUCCUUCGUGGAGUAUGACAUGUUUGUGGAGCAUCGCUGCUCCGACUUUGGAAUGGAGCAGGACCGAAACAAGUUCCCAGGUGACAGCGUCGUGACGGGACAAGGCAGGAUCAACGGCAGACUGGUCUACGUUUUCAGUCAGGACUUCACAGUGUUUGGAGGCAGUCUGUCUGGAGCUCACGCACAGAAGAUCUGCAAGAUCAUGGACCAGGCCGUGAUGGUGGGAGCCCCGGUCAUCGGGCUCAAUGACUCUGGAGGCGCUCGCAUCCAGGAGGGAGUGGAGUCUCUAGCCGGAUAUGCAGAUAUAUUCCUGAGGAAUGUGACGGCCUCAGGCGUCGUCCCUCAGAUCUCCCUCAUCAUGGGUCCCUGUGCAGGAGGGGCCGUCUACUCCCCCGCCCUCACAGACUUCACCUUCAUGGUCAAGGACACAUCAUACCUGUUUAUCACAGGGCCUGAUGUUGUGAAGUCAGUCACCAAUGAAGAUGUGACUCAAGAGGAGCUUGGCGGAGCCAAGACACACACAGCAGUGUCUGGCGUGGCCCACCGCGCAUUUGAGAACGACAUCGACGCCCUGCUCAACCUCCGAGACUUCUUCAACUUCCUGCCGCUUAGCAACAAGGAUGCCUCCCCCGUCAUCGAGUGCCACGACCCCAGUGAUCGUCUGGUACCCGGGCUGGACACCAUCGUUCCCAUGGAGUCAACUAAAGCCUACGACAUGUUAGACAUUAUUCAUGGGAUAGUGGAUGAGAGGGAUUUCUUUGAGAUCAUGCCCAACUAUGCCAAGAACAUUGUGGUGGGAUUCGCUCGCAUGAAUGGACGCACUGUGGGCAUUGUGGGUAACCAGCCCAAAGUGGCAUCUGGCUGUUUGGACAUCAACUCCUCAGUGAAAGGAGCCCGCUUCGUACGCUUCUGUGAUGCUUUCAACAUCCCCAUCAUCACCUUUGUGGACGUGCCGGGCUUCCUGCCAGGAACGGCUCAGGAAUAUGGAGGCAUCAUCCGACACGGAGCCAAACUGCUGUUUGCCUUUGCAGAGGCCACCGUCCCUAAAAUCACCAUCAUCACCAGGAAGGCGUACGGAGGAGCCUAUGAUGUCAUGAGCUCCAAACACUUGAGAGGAGAUAUGAACUACGCCUGGCCCACCGCCGAGGUCGCUGUCAUGGGCGCCAAGGGUGCCGUUCAGAUUAUUUUCAGAGGGAAGGAGAACCAAGCUGAGGCGGAGGCUGAAUAUGUGGAAAAGUUCGCUAAUCCCUUCCCUGCUGCUGUUCGAGGUUUUGUGGAUGACAUCAUCGAGCCGUCGACCACUCGCAAGAGGAUCUGCAGAGACCUGGAGGUGCUGGCCAGCAAGAAGCAGGUCAACCCCUGGAAGAAACAUGCCAACAUUCCUCUGUAAAAACAAAACAAAACAAUCACACACACACACACACACACACACACACACACACACACACACACACACACACACACACACACAUUGUAUACCGAAAAACACUAUUUAAAGGUUCUCGGUGUGGGAUUUUUCAUUAAAUUGACGUUGCAGUCAAAAUGUGAGGAUAUCUAUUGGUGCUGAGUUUGGUAGCCUCUACUAGCGGUGGGUCACAUCACAUUAUUUCUCUUUGCUGUUGCUUGUAAAAUGUCGUUCACCACUCCACUGGAAAACAUCCGAGUACCACCAUGUUUACCAUUGAUAUGACUGCAGGAUGUCAGCAGGAGGAUCCUCACACACACACACACAUGCACACAGAACCUGGAUGGCAUAAUACAAUGCUGCAGCAAAUAUAAAAUGCUUGCCAUGUCCCACGGUGGCCAUAUUGGUCAUAAAUGUUAGUACGCUCCAACACUGAGAACAAGGUUGUAUCUGAAAGGACAGGUGAUUAUGUCACAUAUAUAGUAAAUAAAAUAAAAGACUGGUAUCAACAUUCUGGUUUUAGUGCAAAACUCAAACAUGUUAAAUAUGAUAAACUCAAAUGUUACUUUCCUCUGUGAUGUUAGUUUUUGACCUGAAUUUUCCUUUGGUUCUCCACUUUCAAUGCCCACUGUAUGAGCUUUCAGACACACUCCUUGUAUGGGAGCAUUUGUCCUGUUGAGGUCGAGCAAAAAGCAAAA